UCUGAUAAAGAUGGCAAAGAAAAAACGAGAGACAUGGCUGAGAUUUUUUCCUCUCCUUUCCAUUCUACUCCCCUUCUGAUAUGCUAAUGUCUCUGGUUUCGUCGGAACUCAAAACCCUAGAUCUGCUCGCGAGGAUUGAAGGUCGUCAGUUUCUGGUGCUUCUUGGAGCUGCCGCGAGGUUGGUGGAGUGUUUGGCUUAGAGAGGGUCGGUUUUUAGGACUGAAAGCUUCUUCAGAUUUGAUUUGCUCUUUCCAAAUAUCCGGUGAUGCUUUCACGACGGUGGCGCGUGACAUCACGAAGCGCUUCGUCUACCAUGGAUCUACCUUCUGCUAAGGCAGUGUGGUCUUUUUCUAGAGGUGUGAGAUGGUGUUAUGGGUGGUGUCUCCGAUUUGGUGUUUCGAGGGUGACCGUUCACUUUCGUCUGAGAAGAUUUUCGUGGACUGUGGUCCUAUGAGGAAGGUACAUGUGCUCUCCAUCUUCGUGUGUUGGUGGGGUUUUUUGAUGACGGCGCGUGUAGUCUAGUCGCUUAACGAGAGCAGACGAUUCGUCUAUGGGCCACUGCUGUUCAGAUAAGUAACUUCACCUUUUUUGUGUUCUCCGGUCACGACAUUACUAUGUCAAUACAAUUGAAGAGCCACUGUGACGAUGUUUAAAGUGCAUAAGGUCCAUAACGUACAUGUUUAUAAAAGUUAAUAUCCUCUGAAGAGUGAAGGAGUCAAGAGGCUUGUUCACCGGUUCUCGGUGGCAACACGUAACAAGGCCAAUAUCUCAGGAAGUGGUCAACCGGAAGUGUGGCUUUGGUGGUGAUACAUGGUUUUUCAACCUCACAGCAUCAGUUUUGGUAUUUUGAGCCAGCUGACGGUUGAGCUCCACUCUCUUAAAAGUUGUGGAUUAGUGUGGUAAUGUGGUUGUUGUCAAAGUUCAAUCUUUAUUUUCAGUACGGACUCCUCGGUUCCAUUCUUUUGGCCUAGUAAUCGAAAGCGGAAGAGGAUCUAAUCGGAAAAGCACCCUAGGUGUAGGAGAUAUUGGUCCAUGAAUUUCAUUAUAAUUUUGUGGUGACUAUAGGUAUGUUGUGAAAUGGUAUGCUCGUUGAACCAAAAAAAAUCUAAGCCUGAUAAAUAUUCCCAAGUAGAUAUAACACAGGGGUAAAUAUGGAAUUUAGAAAAAAGCGCCUGAACUUUAAUCGGAAUCCUCUAAAACCCUAAAAGCGCCAAGCUUUCACUCUCCUCCUCCUAAGCUUCGAUUCUGGAGCUCACUCUUUCUUCAAUGGCGUUAACCAGCAACAAAGUCCCUUCUUUACGCCUUAUACCCACCACCGGAACACUCUUAAACCCAUCAAAAUCGCUCUCCUUGGCUUCUCAUCAUCAUCCGCUUCCCAGAGUUUCGUUCUCUCUCUCUUCCGCUGCUUCUCCCAAGCUCACGACUUCAAGAAAGGUGAUAGCAAUGGCAGUGGAAGGUUCGAGAGAUUUGGAGAUGUCGAACUUAACGGCGUUAUCGCCUUUGGACGGACGUUACUGGGGGAAAGUUAAGGACUUGGCUUCCUCUAUGAGCGAGUUUGGUUUGAUUUACUUCAGAGUACUUGUUGAGAUUAAAUGGCUUAUUAAGCUUUCAAAGAUUCCUGAAGUCUCUGAAGUUCCAAGCUUUAGUAAAGAAGCUGAGGUUUACUUGCAAGGGAUCAUCGAUGGGUUUGGCGUGGAUGAUGCGUUGGAAGUUAAGAAGAUUGAGAGAGUAACGAAUCAUGACGUGAAGGCUGUUGAGUAUUUCUUGAAACAAAAGUGUGAAUCUCAUCCAGAGAUUGCUAAGGUUCUUGAGUUUUUUCAUUUUGCUUGCACGUCUGAGGACAUCAACAAUCUAUCACAUGGUUUGAUGCUUCAAGAAGCACUUAGCUCGGUUAUACUUCCAUCCAUGGAUGAGCUCAUCAAGUCAAUCUCUCUGAUGGCUAAGGAGUUUGCAUAUGUCCCCAUGCUUUCAAGAACUCAUGGCCAGCCAGCUUCACCUACAACUCUAGGGAAAGAAAUGGCGAUAUUCGCUGUGAGGUUAAGCGAAGAGAGAAGAUAUCUUUCAGAAACUAAGAUCAAGGGCAAAUUUACUGGUGCCGUUGGGAACUACAACGCUCAUAUUUCAGCAUAUCCUAAUAUCGACUGGCCUCAUGUUGCACAGGAGUUUGUUACUUCUCUCGGAUUAACCUUUAACCCAUACGUCACUCAGAUUGAGCCUCAUGACUAUAUGGCUAGACUAUUUAACACGAUCAGCCAGUUCAACAAUGUUUUAAUUGAUUUCGACAGAGAUAUAUGGAGCUACAUUUCUUUAGGUUACUUUAAGCAGAUAACUAAAGCUGGUGAGAUUGGAUCAUCGACAAUGCCUCACAAAGUGAACCCUAUUGACUUUGAGAACAGUGAAGGGAACUUAGGUAAAGCUAACGCAGAGCUUACUUUCCUCAGCAUGAAGCUUCCCAUUUCACGAAUGCAGCGUGACUUAACCGAUUCUACUGUAUUGAGAAACAUGGGUGGAGCUUUAGGACAUUCUCUUCUUGCUUACAAGAGCGCCAUACAGGGAAUCAGGAAGCUUCAGGUUAAUGAAGCUCGGUUAAAAGAAGAUUUGGAUCAAACUUGGGAAGUUCUUGCUGAACCGAUACAAACUGUGAUGAGGAGAUAUGGAGUUCCGGAGCCGUAUGAGAAGCUGAAGGAGCUGACAAGAGGAAGAGCUGUGAAUGAAGAAAGUAUAAGAGAGUUUAUAAAAGGUUUGGAUUUGCCUGCAGAAGCGAAAUCUCAACUUUUGAAGUUAACUCCACACACGUAUGUUGGUGCUGCUGCUGCGUUGGCUUUGGCAGUCGAUGAAGCUCUGCACUUGUGACAGUAAUGAUGAUCAGUGAUCAUAUCGGUGAUAAGGUUGUGCUGUUGUACUAUUACUCUUCUCCAAAUGAAAUAGGAAGUAGUAGUGAAGAACAAAGAGUCAGAUUGAUGAGUUCUACGUUGUCGUUUUGAGUUACAUGUCAUAUGAAAGAAAUUUUUUACAUUUUUGAGUUAAAUAAUAAAGAAUUUCAAAUUA